GAUUUCUUGGAGUUGUUACUCAGCCUUAUUUUCUCGAGGUUUUCUGGUGCUGCUUGGCUUUUGCUUUGCUAACACUACCGGCCCAAACGAAACUUACUGCAUUUACUCUCUUCAACGUUAAUGGUGAUUAUGUCUCUCAAUCAGCUUGAUGACGAUAUUGUGCGCACCAUGUCCAUUGGCGCCGUCUUCUCAGACUUUGGUGGAAAGAUAAACUCAAUCGAUUUCCAUCGAACAAGUGAUCUGUUGGUUACUGCCAGUGAUGAUGAUUCAGUUCGACUUUAUGACAUUGUUAGUGCCAAACUUCUGAAGACCACAUAUCAUAAAAAACAAGGUGCUGAUCGGAUAUGCUUCACCCACCACCCUAGCUCGGUGAUUUGUUCCUCCAAGUAUAACCUUGAUUCAACAGGAGAAUCCCUACGAUAUCUUUCCAUGUAUGAUAAUCGCUGUCUUCGUUAUUUUAAAGGCCAUAAAGAAAGAAUUGUUUCCUUGUGCAUGUCACCAAUCAAUGAUAGCUUUAUGUCUGGUUCCCUUGACCACAGCGUAAGAAUAUGGGAUCUUCGAGUAAAUUCCUGCCAGGGGAUUUUAAGGUUGCGGGGAAGACCAGCAGUUGCAUAUGAUCAGCAAGGACUUGUUUUUGCAGUUGCAAUGGAAGGGGGUGCUGUUAAAUUGUUUGAUUCACGCUCCUAUGAUAAGGGUCCUUUUGAUACCUUUCUAGUUGGUGGAGAUACUGCGGAAGUCUGUGACAUAAAAUUUAGUAAUGAUGGAAAAUCUAUGCUCUUGACAACCACAAAUAAUAAUGUCUAUGUCCUUGAUGCAUAUGCUGGGGAAAAGCGCUGUGGAUUCAGCUUAGAGCCUUCACAUAACACAACGAUAGAAGCAACAUUCACUCCAGAUGGACAAUACGUUGUUGCAGGUUCAGGUGAUGGAAGCUUGCAUGCUUGGGAUAUUAACUCAAGGAGUGAGAUUGGACGUUGGAUUAGUCACAUCGGUGUUGCAUCCUGUUUGAAGUGGGCACCGCGAAGGGUGAUGUUUGUGGCAGCUUCGAGUGUUCUUACUUUCUGGAUAGCUAACCAUGGAAAAAUCACUGGUGAAUCAAAUGCCAAGGAUGCUGAUACUAAACUGGAGUGACUGCUAACAUGCUGACAGCAUGAUCUUUCACAUUAAUAUAUGCAUCAGGCAAUCCAGUGCAUUACAAUAGAUAUAUGCGUGGCCAAAAACAUCACUCAUAUAAACUUAGAAAGAAGACAUACGAGUUACUGGUUAUGUAGCAAUCAAUUUACAGUAUUUGACCAUUUGAAUGUAUACAUAGCAUAUUAGCA